UCAAGCAUCAAGGGUCAGCCAGUGACGUCACAAGGUAAUUUAUGGGCUGUUGGCCACAUUACUAGCCUAGGUCAAGCAUCAAGGGUAUCCCGUGGCGUCACAAGGUAAUUUAUGGGCUGUUAGCCACGUUACUAGCCGAGUCUCAAAGUCUCCAAUUCUGCACCGCCCACAGCGUGGAAUCCAAUUAACAGUGUGGUUGGCCAGAACCUUAGAUUCUCACGGCCUAUACUGGCCAGUACAUAAACAUGCCUCCGCAUUUCAUCUUAAUUACCUGGCCGGCUAUUCAAGCGCUGGUCACCUGUCUCCUCGAUGGGGCCAAACACAGAUAUGUCGGAGUUUAUUAAAGAAAAAUCUCAGGUAACCCUAAAUGAGCUGUGGAAGAAAAAAGAAGUUCCAAAAAAGUUAUCUACUGCCCCCGAUCAUGAUGAUGAUGUUCAAAUAAUACAAGUUGAGAAUAUUUCACAAAACAUGGCGAGGACAACAAGUAUUGGUCAAGGAAAAAGAAAACUUUCUCUUAAAAAAUCAAAGUGUGGAAAACAACUCAAGAUAGAAGAAUCUACAACUACAACACAUGAAAGACAAUUAGAAUUUCAUACAGACAAUAGAUGUGACAGACAAUUGGAAUUACAUACAGACAAUAGAUGUGACAGACAAUUGGAAUUACAUACAGACAAUAGAUGUGACAGACAAUUGGAAUUACAUACAGACAAUAGAUGUGACAGACAAUUGGAAUUACAUACAGACAAUAGAUGUGACAGACAAUUGGAAUUGACCUUGACUGGAUCUGUCUCAGAAAGCAGCUCAGAUAAGCAAGUGCCGUAUUACUUAAACAACUUUGAAACGCUACUUAAGGCUGUAACUGAAGAUAAGAGUUAUGUGCCCCUAUUCAACUCUGACGACAGGGCAGUCAUUUCUUCUUACCAUAAGCUUUCAAGCUCAGCUAAAAAACUCUAUGUACGGAUGCUGUGUCGGAAGUUUGGCUGGAUCCCAGUUAAAAAAUUAAACUAUCCAGAAAUAGCGGCAGACUUGAAACCAUACUUAUUGGAGCUAACUACAGCUGGAUUGGUCCAUUCUGAAGAGGAUUUGAAUGAACUUGAAGAGGUACUUGCUUCUCUAACAGCCUCAGAUAUAAGAACUCUAGCCAAGCUAUACCAUGUCAGGCCAAACCUGAGCAACAAAAAACAGUUGCUGGAAGAACUCAUGAGGAAAUGCAAACAGAAUACUUUCAUGAGCAUGUUUGGCUCCAAAUCUGGAGGAGUAGCUACAGUCAUGCUGGCAAGAGCCAAAAAGUUUUUACAAGGGGUUUACAAGCUGAGUCUAGAGCCAAGAAAACUUUUUCUUAGAGUUCUCUUGUUGUCCUCGCUGGCUAGCACUGGUGGACACACAGCAGAGACUAAUGGUCAAGCUCAGCUAUUUCAGAUGUUUAUGGUCAACAUGGGUAAAGCUGUCUACCCUUCCUACACUAUUGACAAACUUCAGAACAUAUUUCAAGGGAGAGAAGAUGUUGUCAGAUUGGAAAAAGCACUGCAAUUAGAAUUUGAAUUGCUGAGCUGCACCCAAAAGGGCCAUUGGGAUAAGGCCUUUGAGAUCUUUCAAAAAGUUGAAGCAGAUUGGCAAGCUCUAGAGCACCUUGAGGAGGUUCAUGUAUGGAAUGUCAAGCUCCCAGAUUUCCUGCGAUCCUUCACAGCAUCAUCUGUGUUGAACCGGCUGCUUAGCCUGAGUGUAGAAACCCUCCAGAGACGCAAGCAAUACACCCAGGCUGUGUCUGUACUCAAGCAGCUCUUGUCCCAGUCCACUUACAACACCAGCCACAGGGGAUAUUGGUGGGAGAGACUAGCAUUAAACUUGGAUGUUCAUCUCAAGUUACCACUACAGUCACUAGAAGCUGUUGCUGAUGGUCUGGCUGAUGGGCAUGUUGGUGUUGAUCACAGACUGGCCCUAUAUGAGAGGGCAGAGGCCAUAUGUGGCAGGCACAAGUGGACAGACAAGAUAAAAGAGUUUUCUCAUGAGCCACUUAUGGAGAUUCCUAAAGUUUUCAUUGAAGGUCGUGUGUUGCAUGAAAAUGUCAGUAGAAACGGAACAAAAUUUCUCUCCAGCUGGGAAGGUCAAGGUCAAGACAUGGUGGUAUGUGGAGUAGAAGAAUUGGUGCUGGAAUAUUACAAGAAAAAUGGUUUCACUUCAGGUGUACAUGCUGAAGGUUCCAUUUUGUCUGCACUCUUCAUGUUAUUUUUCUGGGACAUUAUCUACAUGCCACUGCCAGAUGCAUUCCACAGUCCAUUUCAGAUGUUUCCAUUGGACUUCUACACAGAAUCCUUUUACCAUAGGAGGAGUCUGGCUAUAGAAUCUAGACUCUCCCAAAUUGAAAGCCUUACUGUUGAGGAUCUUGAAAGAAUGGCUGAAGAAACUUGGAGGGCACAGGAAGGCUGUCUUAACUGGGAGAGGCUUCAAGGUCUAGAUUCUAUCAAGGGUUUGGUGAGUUGUAUGGGAGGAAAGGUCCUCAGUGGUUUACUUGCCCGCUAUGCUCGUUCUCCUCGACAUGCCAGGAGUGGUUUUCCUGACCUAACGCUAUGGAAUGCUGAGACCUGCUCUCUUAAGAUGUGUGAAGUAAAAGGGCCAGGCGAUAGACUUUCCCAUAAACAAAUCUUAUGGUUGAAUCACAUGUUAAAGUUGGGUAUCAACGCUGAGGUCUGUUAUGUUAAAGCUGUUGCAGCAAAAAAACUCAAGUCCCGUCCGUCAUGACGAGAUGGACAAAAGGUCAUCAAAGGGAAACAAUUAAUCAUCAAAUAGAGACAAGUGAUGUUCUCGGUGAAAACUAUCGAUCGUAGAUCCCAGUUCUCUUCAUGUUCUGACUCUUAACAUGUGUUCUCCUCGUAUUUGAAGACAAAAUUAGGUUUAUUUAUUUCUUAAGGCAGAGCAUUGAAUGAACUUUACAAAAAUAAAAAAAAUUCAUAUAGAUCUA